AUUUAGAAGAUGUCUUCCUAAAUAUAGGUAGGCACUCAUAAGUAUUUAUAAGUUACUGAUAUUCGACUGGUUGGAGGAUGGUUACGAAAUAAAAGAUUGCUAUUGCUACGAACUUCCUGCUCUAACGUCCUUCCAUAAUUGUAGGUGUAAGGAAAAUAAGUCAAGAAGAAGUCACCAUCAUAAUGUCGAACCUACGGUCAUACGCAUACCCGGGAGCCGGCGAGUUUGCUCGGGAUACGAUGCAUUAUAGCCAAGCUAUCCGCGUAGGGGACAACAUCUUCAUAUCUGGACAAGGCGGCUGGGACCGCUCGACCAUCGAGAUCCGGCCGGAGCUCACAGACGAGGUGGACCAGGCGUUCGACAACGUGGACCACGCCCUCAAACACGCCGGCGGCAAGGGCUGGCAGCAGGUGUACCGCGUGAUCACGUACAGCACGGACACGCGCGCCACGCAUGACCGCAUCAUCGACAACUUCCGCCGCUGGAUGCCGCACCACCAGCCCACGUGGACUGAGAUUGGUGUUAGAGAGCUCGGCCUCGAUACCAUGCACAUCGAGAUCGAGGUCCAGGCGUACGAUGUCGAGGGCGCGAAGGAGGCGGAGAAGGGGAAGGGGGAGGGGGGGGUUAAUGGGGUUGUUGGUUAG